AUGAAAGCAAUUCUGGGCUCUUCCACUUUCGAUCCUGUUCUCCCGAGGAGGUGCGAAAGCACAGCUCCUGGGGAGUACCGUCUGACCUACCACCACUGGAGACAGGUGAAUCCUGACGGGCGGUUCCUGGGGGCAGUUUUCAACGUCUGCCUCCUACACCGCCACACAACCCAGAGCUGGAAAUCAUUGAGGACCACACUGAUGUACAAGAAGGGUGACUGUGAGGAUCCUACAAACUGGUGUCACAAGGGCAUCCUGCCAUACGAUGUCGUGUUUGAAAACAGCUUCAUGCUGCAGGGUCGCCUGGAUGACGCCAGGACAAAAGCUGGGGAGCUGUGCGUAGGUUUCCUCAACUACGCUGAUGCCUUCGGCUCGGUCACCCACCAGGCCCUCGUUGAUGCUGUCCACGGCGUGGGCGCGGGGGAGACCUUCGCGGAGAUCUUGGAAGAGGUCUACCGCACCAACACCACCUGUGUCGUGGCAGCAGCUGGCACCUAG